AUGUCUGAUAAUAUCAAAAUGCAUGAUACGGAGAAUAAAAAUGAAUGGAUUAAUUGGAUUGAAGAAGCUGUUGAUAAAGAACAUAUAAAAUAUUAUGAAUAUAAAGAAUUUAGCAACUUUCAAGAAAUUGGUACCGGAGGUUUCGGAAAAGUGUACAGCGCAAAUUGGAAAAAUUUAGGAAAAUGUUUUGCGUUAAAAUCUUUUUUUAGUCUUGACAAUGUCACCGUAAAAGAAAUUGUUUGUGAGUUAAAAAUUCAACGAGAAGUCGAUUAUCAUGAUAAUAUUAUUCGUUGCCAUGGAAUAACAAAAUUCGAAUCAGCAGAUUAUCAUAUUAAUAAUAAUUAUAUGUUAGUAAUGGAAUAUGCUAAUAGUGGUAGUCUGCGAAGUUACUUAAAAAAAAACUUCACUAACCUUACUUGGGACGACAAAUAUAAUAUGGCAUACCAGUUAGCUUGCGCUGUAUCAUGCUUACAUAAAGAAAAGAUUAUCCACCGUGACCUGCACUCUGAUAAUAUAUUAGUUCACCAAAACGUGAUCAAAUUGGCAGAUUUUGGAUUAUCAAAGAGAAUCGGGAUGUCAUCAAAUUUUCAGUCCAAAUUAUUUGGGGUGAUUCCUUAUGUUGACCCAAAAAGCUUUAUCAGGAGAAGAAAUAAUAAUAACCAAACACAAGUUUAUUCAUUAAAUGAAAAAAGCGAUGUUUACAGUGUUGGAGUAUUAUUAUGGGAAAUAUCUAGCGGGCAACCUCCCUUUUCUGUUGAUGGGUUAUAUGAUGUUGGUUUAAUUUAUGAUAUUUCACAAGGUUUUCGAGAAACAGUUGUUCCCGAUACUCCUGAAGAAUAUGUAAAAUUUAUACUAGUAAAAUGUUGGGAUGGAGAACCUGAUAAUCGUCCAAUCAUAUAUAAAGUAGUUGAUUGGCUAAAUGCACUAAUGAUCAAAUCAAAUAUAAUAUCAGUUAAACAAGAACUCAAUGGGGCGACUCAUCAGAUACUAUCAGUUAAACAAGAACCUAAUGAGGUGACUUCAGAAGACCAUCAGAUAUCAGUUAAACAAGAACCUAAUGAGGCGACUUCUUUAAGUACUAAUAAUUUACAAUCACAAGGAGAAUUAUCUCAACUUAUUCAAAACUUUGACAAAAUGGAAAUGAAUACAGAAGAAAUUAAUUCUAUUGCAAUCUCAAGUAAACAAGUAGACCUUCCAACUGCAAUCUCAAGUAAACAAGAAGAUCUUCCAACUGCAAUCUCAAGUAAACAAGUAGAUCUUCCAACUGCAAUCUCAAGUAAACAAGAAGAUCUUCCAACUGAAAAAGACUUUAAUAUGAUUGUUGGUGAAAUAAAUGAUUUUAUUUAUAAAUUAAAAAAUGAUGGAAAUGAUAAUCCCGAAUUAGAAAAGUUGCAAGUUAUUGAACAUUUUAAUAAUUGUAAGGCUAGUUCACAGGAAAUUUACAAUUGGUUAUUGAAUAAUCAAGUUAGUUCAGAUUCUAUUUGUUUACUUGGAUAUUUUAAUUUUCAUGGAAUUGUAACAAGUAAAAAUAAUGAGAAAGCAUUUGAUUUGUUUAUCAAUGCAUCAAAAAAAAAUCAUGUAUUAGCACAACUUUUUGUUGGUGAUUGUUAUUUUUAUGGAUAUGGGGCUAUAAAAAAUAAAAAAUUAUCUUUUAAAUAUUAUGAAGAAGUGGCUAAUAAAAAUUAUGCAGUGGGACAAUUAGAAAUUGGUUAUAGUUAUGAAAAAGGAAUAGGAAUUGAAAAAGAUUUAAAGAAGGCUCUUUAUUGGUAUGAAAAAGCUGCAAAUAAUGGGAACAUCAUAGCAAUACAUAAUCUUGGUAAUUGUUAUAAAAAUGGAAUUGGCGUUAAAAUAGAUUAUAAUAAAGCUUUUAAAUUCUUUAAGCAAUCAGCUGAAAGAAGAUAUUCAAAGGGAAUAACUUCAUUAGGAUAUUGUUAUGAUGAAGGUAUUGGAACUAAAAUUGAUAAGCAAAAAGCAUUUGAGUUAUAUCAAAAAACAGCAAACCUAGGAAAUGAAAUGGCACAAUAUAAUCUUGCUUUAAUGUAUGAAUAUGGAAAAGGAAUUACAAAAGAUAUAAAUAAAGCAAUUUAUUGGUAUGAACAAUUAGCUAGACAAGGAAAUCAAAAUGCACAAAAUAAGUUAGAAACACUUCAUGAUUUAUAA